GCUCAGUUUUGUCAAUUAAGAUGAUAAAUUAAGUAUUUUUAGUGAGAUUCCACUGUUGUGAGAGAGAGUGCAUGGAUUUUCCACACCUGCUGUGAACAUUUGUAGAUGUGUCAACGCUGGAUGUGAGGAUGGGGCUUAUUUUUCUCUGUGAGCUGGGCCUAUUCUUGCUCUGUACACUUCUCUGCACUGGACACGGUCAAGAUGCUGUAUUAACUAUUAAGCCAAGCUCAUCAAUUUUUUUCAUCGGAGAGACUGUUAUUUUCACAUGUGACAUGAAGGAAGGACUACACACCGACUGGAAUUACAAACUCAACAAGAAUGAUCGAGAACUUAUCGACUACAACCCGAACAAAAGCUACAGAAUGCAAAUUAAAUCAACACUUCACAGUGGUAAAUACCACUGUUCUGGUUACAGAACGAGCUCAUAUUCUACAAAGAACAGUAAUACCAUCUCUAUAACUGUGUUGGCAGGUAAACCCAGGGCCACACUGACUCCAGGAUCAACUAUCAUACCAGUAGGGGGCAGUGUGACACUGACCUGCUCUGUGGGGAGCUCUGCUGGCUGGAAAUAUGAGUGGUUCAGACGUGACCCAAACACUGAAGUUCUAAUCAGAACAGAUGAUCAACCAAACAGAGUAAUCAGAGUAUCUGAAGGAGGAAUCUACCGCUGCAGAGGAAGAAGAGGAAACCCAGUUUACUACACUGAUAAAAGUGAUGAUGUCACCAUUGAGAUAACCUUUUCCAAUAAGGUUGUUGUAAAAGGACGACCCAGCUGGCCUCAGAUAUUCAGCGGUGAGACGAUCAGUCUGACAUGUGAGGUGCAGGAAGGAGGUGAAACCACUGAGUGGGAGUAUAGAUGGAGAGGACCCAACCAAACCACACAGUGGACUCACAAUAAUUACUGGAUAUUCAAUGUUUCUGAGUCCAGCAGUGGAGACUACAUGUGUAAGAGUCGACGCAGAGAUGACUCAUAUUCUUCAACAGAGUGGAGUGAAGCCUUCAACUUGUCAGUAUCAACAGGUAAACCCAGGGCCACACUGACUCCAGGAUCAACUAUCAUACCAGUAGGGGGCAGUGUGACACUGACCUGCUCUGUGGGGAGCUCUGCUGACUGGAAAUAUGAGUGGUUCAGACGUGACCAAAACACUGACGUUAAAAUCAGAACAGAUGAUCAACAAAACAGAGUAAUCAGAGUAUCUCAAGGAGGAAUCUACCGCUGCAGAGGAAGAAGAGGAAACCCAGAUUACUACACUGAUAAAAGUGAUGAUGUCACCAUUGAGAUAACCUUUUCCAAUAAGGUUGUUGUAAAAGGACGACCCAGCUGGCCUCAGAUAUUCAGCGGUGAGACGAUCAGUCUGACAUGUGAGGUGCAGGAAGGAGGUGAAACCACUGAGUGGGAGUAUAGAUGGAGAGGACCCAACCAAACCACACAGUGGACUCAGAAUAAUUACUGGAUAUUCAAUGUUUCUGAGUCCAGCAGUGGAGACUACAUGUGUAAGAGUCGACGCAGAGAUGACUCAUAUUCUUCAACAGAGUGGAGUGAAGCCUUCAACUUGUCAGCAUCAAAUGCUGUGCUAACUGUUGAACCCAGCUCGACCAUUUUCAUCGGAGAGACUGUUAGCUUCAAAUGUGAGGUGAAGGAAGGAGAACACACUGACUGGGAAUACAAAAUUAUCAUGGACGGUCGAGAAAUUUUCAACUCCAACACAAACAAAGGUCUCAGAUUAAAAGUUGCAUCUACACCUCAGAGUGGUAAAUACAGCUGCUCUGCUCACAGGAAGAGCUCACAGAAUACAAAGAACAGUAACACUGUCUCUGUAACUGUGAAGGCAGGUAAACCCAGGGCCACUCUGACUCCAGGAUCAACAAUCAUACCAGUAGGGGGCAGUGUGACACUGACCUGCUCUGUGGGGAGCUCUGCUGACUGGAAAUAUGAGUGGUUCAGACGUGACCAAAACACUGAAGUUCAAAUCAGAACAGAUGAUCAACAAAACAGAGUAAUCAGAGUAUCUCAAGGAGGAAUCUACCACUGCAGAGGAAGAAGAGGAAACCCAGAUUACUACACUGAUAAAAGUGAUGAUGUCACCAUUGAGAUAACCUUUUCCAAUAAGGUUGUUGUAAAAGGACGACCCAGCUGGCCUCAGAUAUUCAGCGGUGAGACGAUCAGUCUGACAUGUGAGGUGCAGGAAGGAGGUGAAACCACUGAGUGGGAGUAUAGAUGGAGAGGACCCAACCAAACCACACAGUGGACUCACAAUAAUUACUGGAUAUUCAAUGUUUCUGAGUCCAGCAGUGGAGACUACAUGUGUAAGAGUCGACGCAGAGAUGACUCAUAUUCUUCAACAGAGUGGAGUGAAGCCUUCAACUUGUCAGUAUCAACAGGUAAACCCAGGGCCACACUGACUCCAGGAUCAACUAUCAUACCAGUAGGGGGCAGUGUGACACUGACCUGCUCUGUGGGGAGCUCUGCUGGCUGGAAAUAUGAGUGGUUCAGACGUGACCAAAACACUGACGUUAAAAUCGGAACAGAUGAUCAACAAAACAGAGUAAUCAGAGUAUCUCACGGAGGGCUCUACUGCUGCAGAGGAAGAAGAGGAAACCCAGAUUACUACACUGAUAAAAGUGAUGAUGUCACCAUUGAGAUAACCUUUUCCAAUAAGGUUGUUGUAAAAGGACGACCCAGCUGGCCUCAGAUAUUCAGCGGUGAGACGAUCAGUCUGACAUGUGAGGUGCAGGAAGGAGGUGAAACCACUGAGUGGGAGUAUAGAUGGAGAGGACCCAACCAAACCACACAGUGGACUCACAAUAAUUACUGGAUAUUCAAUGUUUCUGAGUCCAGCAGUGGAGACUACAUGUGUAAGAGUCGACGCAGAGAUGACUCAUAUUCUUCAACAGAGUGGAGUGAAGCCUUCAACUUGUCAGCAUCAACAGUGCCCAGGACUGGAAACUCUUCAUUUCCUGCUCUGUUGAUCGUUGGACUCAUCUGUGGACUUUUACUGAUUCUUCUUCUGCUGUUGUGUCGCUUCAUACAGUCAAAGGAUUCAUGCUUUGCCAGCACAAAUCAAACCAUAAACCACACGAUCAACCAGGAUGAAGCUCGAGACAGCCAACAUGCUUCUCCUCACCAAGGUGAUGCUUGUCUCUAUGAAUCAGUCAAAGACCAUGAUGACACAGAUAAUGUUGAAUCUGGGGAUGUCACAUAUUCUUUGAUUGAGUUUAAAAACAUCACUCAAAAAGAUGACAGCCUGUUGUAUGCAGAGGUCUCCCACAAGAGAGCUAAAGCCAAGAGAAACAAGGAAAAAUCAGCCUCUGCAGCAGCUGAAGAAGUCACUUAUUCUGAAGUCAAGUCACAACCAGCUCUUGAUUACAGCCUGUUGUAUGCAGAGGUCUCCCACAACAGAGCUAAAGUCAAGAUACUUUAAGGGAAAUCAGCCCCUGCAGCAGCUGAUGAAGCAGUUUAUUCUGAAGUCAAAUCAAAACGAGUUGUUAGUAAUACAGAAAUAAAAUAGCUUACAUACUGUGAUUUGUUGUUGUAAUGAUUAACUCAGAGUGAACUGAGUCCCAAAUCACCUUUAAACACUGAAUAAUUCUGCAUUGAUUUGAAUUUAACAGCACUGGAAGAAAGUAGAGGAACAACAAAAGAAGAUUACGAUUAACUUUUUUAUGAAAAGUUUUCUUUCAUUUUAAAAAAGCUGCAGCAGCAAGUGAUAGUGUGGCGUUAGGAUCAGGAUCUUUCCACUUUCACAUACGCAUUUAUUGAACUGCAUAUAUUGUUACAUAUAUAUUUACAGAUGUGUCCUUUGUCUUUGCAAAUCAUUAUUUUUGUUCCUCUGGAUGGAUUAAGAACCAUUACAUAUAUUUCUAAAAACUUGUGUUUUUAAAUAGUUUUGUACAUUAAUAAACAUUUUUUAUUUGUUUGUUUCAUAUUUGGUAAGCUGCUGUCAAACUUUUGAUUCUGUUAUCUCAUUUUGUGUGUCAUUUAAACAAUAUAUUCUUUUUUAUAUAAACGUUAUCC